AUGUCCGAGAAGCGAUCAUAUUACGGUUAUAACUCAAGCAGUAGUAGCAAUUCAAAUCUAAUAAGCCGGCCCGUACGACGACAUUUACUCCACGUCUAUUUAACAUUGGCUGCGAUGAGUGCAAUUGCAACGAUGAGUACACAACUUGGCGAUUACCUAGGUCCCGUGGGCUCUACGAUAGGCUCCUUGGGUACAGUACUGAGUAUACUGUUGUUUCGAUUCACAGCACCUAAUAGCAGGAAUCGAUGGGCUUUAUUACUGGCGUAUUCUGUCUCUAUUGGUAUAGGCUUGGCUAGCUUUCUUACAUUUUUUACGCAUUGGGAUUCCUCUGGAAAUAUUGUCUUUAUGGCGUUAUCGUCAGCUGUGGUCAUUUUCUUGGGAUUUUCAGCAAGUGCAGUUUUGGCUGAUCGUCGUAGUAUGCUUUACGUAGGAGGUUUAGUGAGCAGUAUCUUGGCGGUUCUUUUUUGGUUGUCUCUGGCAAAUAGCCUUUUUAUAAGGUCGCAAUCGAUCCUUUCAUUGGAAAUGUAUGGUGGUUUAAUUGCAUUUGCGGGAUUUGUAUUGUAUGAUACUCAAAUGAUUAUUGAACGUGCCAGUGCGGGAUUAACUGAUGUUCCUGGGCAUUCAAUGGAGCUAUUCAUGGAUUUGUAUGCUUUAUUUGUUCGUUUGCUGGAGAUCUUUUUGAAGAAGGAAUUGGAUAAGGAAGAAGAUAGAAAAAGAAAAAAAAGACAGAAUCGAUUGAGAAGGGACUAUUAUUGA